AAGAGAGCCGAACAUCCAUGUUUCUGGUCUCUCUUUCUAUAUAUAGCAAUCCUUGGAGCACUAUUCAUCUUCUGUGAGUUGAGCUGAGUUCUUGUCUCUCAGGUUCAUGGAGAUGGAUGCAGAGUAUAAACAAAGCCCAACUGAGAUUGACAGCUUCCCUGUCAUUGAAGUUGGAAAGACAAUCAAGAAAAGAAAAUUGCAGGCCGAGCAAUUGGGCUUGCCUGCACCCAAGCACAAAUGCUGGGACCUGAACUUUCUGUCUGAUGAACAUGUCUCCAUGUUUGAUGAAAAUCUUGACCAAGUACAGAACAUGCAGACACACGUAGUCAAGAGAGAAAUAGAGGGAGUAUUCCUCAAUGACGGGUCUGGUCCCGGAUCGGGAAAAGGUAGCAAUAGUUUGGCAGGACAUUAUUGUGAUUCUGCAAUGUCGGUUUAUAGUGAAGCUGAACUAAACGCAGCAUAUGCAAAGAGCGUAUAUGAUAGGCCUUCCACUUCAUCUGUCAAUUGCAAUGUCAAUAUUUUUAAAGAUACCGACAGCAGUUUGGACACUCUGUCAGCUAUGGAAGCAAAUUAUAGCGAAGCAGAAUUAGAACUCAUGAAUGUAGAAGUGCAUCAACCUAUUCAGAACCUUGAAGAGCAGCUCCAAGAAUUUGGAGGCGAGGCAAAUUACAUCUGCUCAGAAUAUGGAGACCACUUCAUUGAGGAAUGUACAGAUAAGGAAGUUGAAGAUAUUAUCUACUCCAAUUCUUUGAACCCGCAUACAUAUGUACUUUCAUCUGGAAGGUGGAGUGUAAAUCAAGAGGCUCAAUCAGGCAGCAGCAGGAAGCCAACCAUCGAUCAAGAAUUUGAGCAGUACUUUUCAUCGCUUAUGCUGUGAAAGUGCUUAUUGCUGGGAUGUGAGCAGAAAAUGUGUACAGUUUUUAAUCUCUGUUGUAACUUGUACUUGAAUAAUGUAACAAACCAAUAUGUACUAAUCGGAAAUGAGUUUUUCAAGAGAAAAAUGAGGAUACUUCACAUAGCUCCUCCCUCUCGUCA